AAUGUUGUUUGCAGUAAUAUUCAAUCGCUUAAAAACUGUAAUGGAGCAUCCUAAUGCCAAAAUCCCAAAUAACAUCAUGGCUUAUGAGGUUGUUGUUUUUACCUGUGGGAAGUUAAACCAGUUUGUCCGCGAAGGCAUCUGCACGUAUGAGUCCAUCCUGCUAUGGCUUAGCCACUUACCAAUAAUGUGUAAUCCAGAAAAGGCUAAAAUCAAUCACGAAAUGCUUUGUUCCAUGAUGGAGACGGCAGAGCAGAAAGUUAUUGGCCCGGGUGGAAUUUAAAUACUGCUGAUAACAUAUUAAGAUUAGUGCCUCAAGAGCUGCAGAUUAGCUGUACUAACUACUGAAAUUCAGCUUACAACUUUAAAGAUAAGAUUAAGUUUAGGUAAAUAAGGCUGCAAUUAUGCAGAUUCUGAUUUUAUAACAGUUGACGAUCUUUAGGCAAUAAUGUUAGAGAUAUGAUAGCUUAUUUUACUUCUUUAAUUAAGCUUUUUCAGUUAUGGUUUUAUGUAUAACUGUGGCAGUGAUCAUUUCAAUAAGCAAUGAAAAUAUAAAAAAGCUUUUUGCUCUCUCUUCUUGGUUCAAGUUCUGUUUUUUUUCUGUAUACAGAUUAAGUUUUGUUCUUUCUUUCCAACAAAUUGGUAUCAGAGCAUUGUCAUCUUGAGGGACCUGAGAGAAGAGAGUGAAUAAAAAACACAAGUUCUUUCUAUAUAACCAUUCUUUAAAUUAUUAUCUUAAAUAGUUUAUAGAAAAUGAAUUGUGAAACAAACUUUCUAAUUCCACCCGUCUUCAAUGGUGAGAAUUAUCAAGCUUGGGCAAUUAGAAUAACGGUUCAUCUUGAAGCACUGGAUCUAUGGGAAGCAGUUGAAGAGGACUAUGAAGUAACUUCUCUUGGAGAUAAUCCAACAGUGAAUCAGAUGAGACGUCACAAGAAGAGAAAGACAAGGAAAGCCAAAGCUAAAGCAUGCCUUUUCUCUGUGGUAUCUCCUUCAAUUCUUACCAGAAGUAUGCAAAUGAAGUCCGCUGCAGAAAUUUCAGAGUACCUAGAAAAGGAAUACCAAGGAAAUGAAAGAGUUCAAAAUAUGCAGAUGAUGAAUCUGAUUUAGGAAUUCGAAAUGAAGAGAAUGAAAG